AUGGACGCACAUUCAAAAAUAACACGUAAACGAGUCUUCCCAUUCGAACGAGAUCUGGAUCGACUUCCCACAGACAGGGCAAAACGACGUUAUGUGUCCGAAUACUUGUCUUCAGAGCUGACUGCUUUGUCACUAGGAGAAGACGGAGAUGUUAUGGAUAUAGAUGAUUCAAAUAAAAAGGACAGUUUAUUGUCGAAUAAAGGUAGUUCGUCAAAGAAAAAGCAUGUCGUGUUGGUCACAGACUUCAACGAUGGAAGUGAAUCAGAUAACGACAAGUCCGACUGUGAGAAAGAGAAAGAGCAGGGUACAAUAGAAAUACCGAGCGAGCUGAAGGAACUAGCGAAAAGGUAUGGAAACCCAGAAAAAGCACUGAUCAAGUAUCAGCGUCCUCCAUGGCUACCGCCUGAUCCACCGACAGAGGAAAUCACUAUAAAACUUCAAUCUAAUGAUGCUACCAGUUUAUCGUCUUCGACCUGUCAGAAAGCAGUGAUCGAAAUUAACCAAAGUUCGCGGAUAUUGGAUGGUUUAUUAGAUCUGGAUGGAACACACAUGGAAAUGGACAACGAACAGUCGGAGAAGGAAAAGUAG